ACGACGUUCUAGAGGAUGAGGACCAACAUCAGCGGACCCCACUCGACCCCCAAAGGCGAAGGAAGUCCUUGUCUAUUCUGGAAACUGAGCCCCGAAUCCCGGAGGGAGCCGGUCCCCCUGAGCCGGCUCUUUUCCCCUCCACCCCCGGCUGCACCCUGCAGGCAAAGCCCGUCUCGCUUCCUCUUGGGCUCGCUCGAGGCCAGGGUGGGGCCGCAGGAACUUUUCGGCACAUUUACGGGGUUGGAUUGAGCGGAGAACGUCCCCAUGAGGCACGUGCACCACUCGGUAAAGCCAGGCACAGACCAGCAUCCCCCCCCAGCCACGUUCUCACCCCUAGAAAGCGCAGUACCUUAAAUUGCUUCUCUUGUGCUCACAAAGCCAAUUCUUGCCCCUUUUCCAACUGUGGAACUUCCUCAUUUCUCACCCAACUCCGGUAACAAGAGCCGGACCACUCGGCCUAUUGCAGAAGUGCAACGGAAAAAUCCGGGGGCCACCAGGCUGGGUGGGGAAUCCUGGGAGUGGAAGUCCACCCACCUUAAAGUCGCCAAGGUUGAGAAACAUGGCAUGAGAGUUGCCCCACUUGGCUGAAACCUUUCAGCCGGCCAAGGCAGCUCUGGCCGGGCUCAAACCAGCCAACCCCAGGUUGGUUGAGCGCCUGGCCUGGACCUCUCGCUGAGGCAUCCUGGGGCUGCUCCCGCUUGUGGGAGACUUUCGUGCCCGCUGACCCCCCUGCAGUUUUGGCAUCAGGACUGAUGAUUCUGUGUCUUGGGCAGUUGUAACUGAUGGGAGGGAGGUUGCUCAAGAAACCAUGGCUUAGUGUCUCUCCUUGCGCCAGACGACUGGACUGCUGAAAGAGCCUCCACCCACUUCCAGCUGGGACAGCCCAUGCACCUUCAGGCUGACGUCCGGGCAGAAAACCACCUUCCUCUGAGGCUCUGGGUGGAGAGCUGUGUCGCUGGCCUGAGCCCCCUGCCCACCUCUGGGCCCCAGUACGACAUUAUGGGCUCCAGCGGAUGCCUGCUCGACGGGAGGGAAGAAGGGGUCUCCUCCACGUUCCUCUCCCCACGGCUGCGCCAGGAGACCCUGCAGUUCACAGUGGACGCUUUCCGAUUCACUGGAGAGGCCCAGAGACUGAUCUACAUCACCUGCCACCUGAAAGUCACCCCAGCAGACCGGGCACCAGACGCCUGGAACAAAGCCUGUUCAUUCGACGCAGCCAGCCGUUUGUGGAUUCCUGUGGAAGGGCCGAGGGGCAUUUGCAGCUGUUGCGAGGCACGGAGCUGCGAUGGGACGGUGCAGGAGCCAGAGCUCCAGGGCCUCAACUCCGAGGAGAUGAGCUGGCAACGCAGCUUGGCAGGUAUUCCUCCUCCCGAAAUGGGCCAGGGCUGGCUGAACUGUUUGCAACAGGUAAAAUCCAAUGGGGUCAGCCAACGUGAGCCACAGUGUACACAUUGCAGAAAUCCAGGGAACCACUAGAGCA